GCAGCAGCAGCAGCAGCAAACCGAGCCGGAGAGAGCGUGACUGAACAACGAACAGCAGCAAGCAGGCAGGCAGGCAGGCAAACGGAAGCGCGUGCCGCAAAAGUUUACGGAAAUCAAAAAAAUAAAUAUCAAGAAGCAGCGUUAAGUUCACGGACCACGAAACCCAAAUUGACAAUAAAUAAAUUCUCGUCAAUUAUUUAUUAAAUAAUUGAAGAGAAGCGCGCAGAAUAAAAAGUGCAACAAAAAGUGCAAGAAAAUGUGGCCCAACUUUAUUGCAAUCAUUUCGUUGCUGUGCCUGGCGUUAUUUGCCUGGGCCCAAGCUGGACCCGUGCCAAUUGUGAAUGAGCACCAUCAACUGAUGCCCAAGGUGCCCCAAUGGCAUUGUUUGCGUUACUUUAAACACGAUGUGCUGAUGAUGCGACGUUGUCGACAUUUGCGUGUUCCUACGGCGCCACGUCUUGGUGAUGUGCUCAUACGCAAAAGAAAGAAAUAGACUUGGAAGCAACAACAACAACAGCAACAACAACACCAAAGUGAACAGCAACAACAACAACAACUGAACACGACUGAGCAACAAUACGAAUUACAAUUGCAAUUACAAAUCAAAUUACAACAGGAUUUAUAACAAGACCAAAGCUAAACCAAAAACAAAAACAAAAAUCAAAAAAUAUUUAUAAAAUAUUUGAUUGUAUUUAAUCGAACCUAAUCUUAAGACUAACCACUUGUACUUCAUAGCACGUAAGGUUUCAAUAAACAAAGACAAACAACAACAACAACAACUAAAAGUGAGAAAUGCAUCGAGUUAUAGAAAUGAAACAAAUAAAUCAAAGACUUAAUUCGACGGCAAGUUCAAUUCAAAUUAUAGAGAAGAGAAGCAAAUAAAUUAAAGACUUAACUCGACUAUAAAUUCCGCUCAAAUUAAUAACAAAUAAAAUACUUUUUUGUA